UCUUUCCUUUCCUCCUUCUUUCUCUUCCUUUGUUGUUGCUCUUUUUUUUUCUGUAAUAUAUUUCAAACCGUUUUUUUUCUAGGGUAUCUUACUUUGCUAUAAUUGUAGUGUUGCAUACUUUGUAGUUUUGUAAUUUUAAAAAGUGUAGUAAUGAAGGAAAUGGAGUUACAACAAAAUGGUUUUAUUCAAAGGGAAAAUGAAGAAAAUAGAGAUUUGAUAAUUCGCAUGGAAACCAUGCUACAAAGUAUUGAACUUCCCUUAGUCUCAAAUUGUUGUAUAUACAAAGUACCUCAAAAACUUCGGAAACUCAAUGAACAAGCCUAUACUCCAGCCAUUGUUUCCAUUGGUCCAUUUCACUAUGGUGACAAGAGGUUAGUCUCAAUGGAAGAUCUCAAAUUGAAGUAUCUCAAGAGUUUCCUUGAAAGAACUCAAAAGGGUUUAGGUGAUUUAAUAGGAUACAUCAAAAAAUCAGAAGAAAUCAUUAGAUGUUGUUACUCAGAAACAAUUGAACAAACAGGCGAUGAUUUCGUAAAGAUUAUUUUAACCGAUGCUUGUUUCAUAAUCGAGUAUUUUAUUCGAUCGCUCGAGUGGCCUCAAGAAGAUCCUUUAUUGGCCAAACCAUGGUUGAGGUGUGAUGUGAAGCUUGAUCUGAUAUUACUUGAAAAUCAGCUUCCUUGGUUUGUUCUUGAAGACUUGUUCAACCUAACAGAACCUAGCAGCGAGGUUUCGUCUUUUUUCGAUGUUGCUUUUCACUAUUUUAGAGUCCAUUUCUUGCAUAGUAUUUUACCUAAUGAAGCAAAUAAUAGCAACUUCACUUUACACUAUUUUCAUAAACACUAUCAACAAUAUAUAAUGAAGCCUGAUCAAGUUAGCAUGCAAUUACAUAAUCUCACUGAUCUUCUAAGGGUAUUUUACUUACCACCUGAUAGGUUACCAAAGAGGGGAAAACAAACAGUUAAGCAUCUAUAUAGUGCAAGCCGGUUAGUUGAAGCAGGUGUUAAGCUUCAUGUUGGUCAAGGUUACCAAAGUGUACUUGAUUUACAAUUUGCAAAAGGUGUUCUUACAAUACCAAGAUUUGAAGUUUGUCAUUGGACUGAGACAUUAAUUAGGAAUGUGAUUGCAUUUGAGCAAUGCCAUUAUCCAUUUCAGACUUACAUAACUGAUUACAUAAUACUAUUGGAUUUCUUGAUUGAUACUACUCAAGAUGUUGAUACACUUGUCGACGAGGGAAUAAUGACUAACACAUUGGGUGAUAGCAAUGCUGUUGCUAAGAUGAUUAACAAUCUUUGCCUUAAUGUUGUUCAGGAGAAUGUCAGCAGCAGUUAUGUUUCGCUUUGCACAAAAUUGAAUCGCUUUUAUGAGAAUCCUUUUCAUAAAUAUAAGGCGGUUUUCAUGCAUGACUACCUCAGUACUCCUUGGAAAAUAACAUCUUUUGCAGCUGCAAUUCUACUGCUUUUGCUUACUCUAGUUCAAGCAAUAUGUUCUGUCAUCUCAUUGUUUUAGGUUGUGUUCUGGUAUUCUUCAUUCUUCAAUACUGCUGUCAUCUUCGGCUUUUGAGUUAAUGUUCUUUGUUCGUUCUCUUGCUCUUAGAUGCUUAUGGAACUAAGACACUUGAUCAUUGGUCCAUUUGUUUUAAAUUUUGAGAUGUCUCAAACUAGAUCAGAAUUUUGAGAUGUCAUCUAAUGUAUUUGUUGUUGUUAAAUGCAUAAAUUCCAAUUCUGCUCUUGUGACAAUAGAUACUGUAAGUCUCUUAAGCACUAGUAUGAGAAUGUGUUUGUUAUCCACAUUAGUAGGCACCAUAAUGUAAAGGCUCAUAAUUUGGUAGGAAUGACAAAAAGUUUGGCACUA